UUUCCUUCCAUCGUCGAAGAAGACAAGUAGAGAGCAUUUAUUACAAAUUAUUAACAAACCACCAAAUCUUGCAAACAAUGGCGAUCCUGUUUUAAUUACUACACUACAUACAAACCCUCGCUUCCUUCCAUACAAAAUCUUCGGAUUCCAUUUUCAGUAUUGGUGGUUAGUCAACUCUCACCCCUUUCUCUCUCUUCCCUUUCUCUCUCUCACACACACACACACACAACCACCAAGAAAACCAGCUUCUUCAAUUUCAGAUUCAAUUCCCAAAUCACACAUCUCAAAAAACAAAAAAAAAGUAAUCUUUUUGAUGGGUUAUCUCUCGUGUAAUGCAGAAUCAUCGGUUUCGAUUUCCGAUUCCAACCACCCAUCUUCUUCCUCUAAAUCACCACCACCCCACCACCGUCGCCACCACCGCCGCCACCACAACUCCGACAAGGGGGAAGAGAAGAACCCAAUUAAAAUCAAGGAAUUCAACUACAAAGAUCUCGAAUUAGCCACCAACAACUUCUCCGACUCGAAGCUCCUCGGCCGCGGCAGCCACGGCCUCGUCUACAAAGGCGUCCUCCGCGGCGGCCGCCGCGUCGCCGUCAAGAAAUCCUCCAGAGCCGCCCACAAAACCCCCAUUUCCGACAACCCUAACGAGGUCGAGAACGAAAUCGACAUCCUGUCCAAACUCCACAGCCCCGGGUUGGUCAACCUCGUCGGCUUCACCAAAAUCGGCUCCAAAGAUCGGCUCUUGGUCGUCGAAUUCAUGAGCAACGGCACUCUCUACGAUAUUCUCCAUUCCAAUUCCAAUUCCAAUUCCAAUUCGCGGCCAUUGAAUUGGGGGAGAAGGAUUAAAUUGGCUCUUCAAACCGCCAAAGCAGUCGACACCCUCCAUUCUUUAACACCACCUGUGAUCCACCGCGAUAUUAAAUCCGCGAAUAUCUUGAUCGAUCGAAACUUCAAUGCUCGAUUGGGCGAUUUCGGGCUUGCUCUGCGGUGCGUCGAUGAUUAUAAGCUGAGAUCGACUCCUCCCGCGGGUACAAUGGGUUAUCUAGAUCCAUGUUAUGUCACCCCCGAUAAUCUGAGCACGAAAACCGACGUGUUCAGUUUCGGGAUUUUGCUCUUGGAGAUAAUUAGCGGGAGGAAGGCAAUCGACAUGGGGAAUUCGCCCCCUUCGAUUGUGGAUUGGGCUAUCCCGUUGAUAAGGAGAGGGAAGUUGUUGUCUAUUUUCGAUCCUAGGGUUCCGCCGCCUAAGGAUGCUACGGUGAGGAAGAUGCUGGCGGUGGUGGCGGCGAAGUGCGUGAGGUCUUGUAGAGAGAGGCGAUUGUCGAUGAAGGAGGUGGUCGAGUGCUUGAGCGAGUUGAGUCGAUUGGUCCCGUUGCAUUCUUGGAACGGUUUGGCUAAUCCUUGUAUGAUGGUUGAGAAUGUGGGGAGACCCGUCGUUCAAUCAAGAAGCGAAUCGAAGAAGACGGGGAAUCUUGAUGAAGGAGAUGCUAGAGUGACGAGGGCGUUGAGGAAAAACGGGAGAGUGUAUUCGGAUUUAGGGUUUCGGAGCAAUCUGAUGGAGUUGAUGGCUAGUCCUGAUUGCGAGUCUCGAUUCGGUGGUGAGGGUGAUGAUGUGCUGGAAAAUAAAGUCGAAUCGGGGAAAAAGGGAUCGAGUUUGAGAUUCGAGAUCGGUAGGUUAGCCGAGAGGAAUAGUGUUCGGUCAAUGGUUCUUGAUUGACGGUUCUUGAAAUUUGAAAUACACCAUGGCUAGAUAACUCGAUGAUCGGGUUUCGUUACACCAGCAUAGAAUGUGUAAUUGCAAUUCUUUUAAAGUAUUUCUUGUUUAUUUAAGACGAGCAAAAAGAUCGUAGAUUGCGGGGCGCAACUCGGUGCGCUAAUCGAGCAUGUUGUUUUAUUGUUUUCAAGCAAAUGAACUGCAUUUGCUUUUUCGUUGUAGAUUGUAAUGAAGCUUCUUCUUGUAAUAAAAUUUCCGGCGUUUGGGAGAGAAAUUCGGUAGAUGAUUUGUACGCGCAUUCGAUCUUUUGUCGCGUCGUAUGAUUGUUUUUAGUAUUAUAUCUCUGUUCCAACUGAGAUUCCAUUAUUGAUCUUACUUUGUUA